AUGUCUUCUUUACCUUUCGCGCUGAAAGAUCAGUCUCUUUUCCGCAACCUAGCAUUUUGCCAUGGUGAAUGGAUUGAAGCAACAUCGGGAGAUCGCUUUGAUGUCGAAGAUCCGGGGUCCGGGAAGGUCUUCACAUCUUGUCCUGAUCUUGCAAGUGAGGAUGUAGAUGCCAUCGUGCAAUCUUCACAAGAGGCCUUUCGGUCUUAUCGGGUUGUGAACCCAAGAACGCGCGCCGAAAUGCUGCUCAAGUGGCACCAGCUUAUCCGAGAUGCUCGUGAUGACCUGGCAACUAUUUUGACAUAUGAAACCGGCAAGCCGCUGAUCGAAGCAUACGGUGAAAUCGACUAUGCCACUGGAUUCACAUGGUGGUUUGCCGGUGAAGCUGAACGUAUUCGCGGAGAGGUCAGCAUCCCGUCAGCGCCUAAUCGCCGUGUGGUGGUCGUCAAACAACCAAUCGGAGUUUGCGCCGCUCUAGUGCCGUGGAAUUUCCCAAUUGCAAUGAUUCUUCGCAAGGUUGGAGCUGCUCUUGCUGCUGGCUGCACAAUGAUUGCCAAGCCGUCUCCUGAGACACCCUUGACGACACUUACCUUGGCAUAUCUAGCCGACAAGGCAGGCUUCACAAAAGGUGUGUUCAACGUGAUAACAACGUCGAACAAAAAUACCCCCACGCUGUCGGAGACUCUCUGUAAGCACCCUUUGGUGCACAAAGUGUCGUUCACUGGCUCCACCCACGUGGGGAGCAUUAUUGCUGGGCAUUGUGCCGUUAGUUUGAAGAAAGUGACACUCGAACUUGGUGGCAACUGCCCUUUCAUCAUCUUUGAUGAUGCAAGCCAGGAUCAUGCCAUUGAGCAACUUACAUCGCUCAAAUGGCGUCAUGCAGGUCAGGCUUGUGUCACAGCGAAUCGCAUCUAUGUCCAAGAAGGCAUCUACGAAGAGAUUGUCGCCAAAUUGGUGAAACAUGCCAAGACUAUUAGUAUAGGCCAUGGGAGUAAGCCCUCUGUCACAAUGGGAUCUUUGACCACUUCCAGAGGCGUGGAUAAAGCUCGCCGGCAGGUCGAAGAUGCAGUGAAGCGCGGUGCGACAAUCGCCCAUGGAGGCAAGUCACCUUCUAACUCUGGCCUCGAACAAGGGUACUUCUUUGAGCCUACUAUCCUCAGAGAUGUGGACUCAUCUAUGCUCAUUACAAACGAAGAGAGCUUUGCUCCGAUUGCCGCUAUUUACAAAUUCAAAACUGAAGAUGAGGUGGUAAAGUUGGCAAAUGAUACCGAGAUGGGUCUUGCAAGUUAUGUCUUCACCAAUGAUGUUCAUCGGUCAUGGCGUAUGAUGGAAAAUUUGGAAGCUGGAAUGAUUGGAAUUAACACUGGAAACUCUUCUGCUGCGGAGAGUCCAUUUGGAGGAAUGAAACAGUCUGGCUACGGUAAGGAAUCCGGAAAGGACAUCGCUGUCGCGGAAUAUUUGGUAUCCAAGACCUGUACCAUGACUAUUCAAAGUCUAGUUUGA